UACGAAGUGCAGAGUACAGGACAUGGUUGCAGCGGACCUGUCCUUUCAAACCAUGUUCGUCUGUGCAGUGCAGAAGGCGCAAGAAACGGAAGGGGUUUCUUUCCACCGUGUGAUUUCCAGCCAUGUACCUGUGGCAAGUGCAUCAGCUCGCUUUCUUCGUGGAUAACACGGAUGAGGCUUGCUAUUAGCCCUACCAUCAACUCUGGGGUAGCUGUUUACCAGUUACCCGCAGCACUCAGAGUUUCAGCACAAAAAUAAUAAUUUGUUGUGAUUUCGCAAUUUCUGUAGUGUGGUAGAGGACGAGAUCGAGGGUGUCCUGAGUCUGACCUUCAGUGCUUCGAUUGCUCGUAACAAUGGCAUUGACUGGAGUGAAAGGACUGCAGAGAUGGUGCCAGAUUCAGCUGGAAGGAUAUCCUGGUGUGGAGAUCAUCAACAUGACGAAGUCGUGGCGUGAUGGAUUAGCAUUCUGCGCCCUUAUCCAUCGUUACCGACCCGAUUUGAUUGAUUUCCAGUCCUUGAAGAGCAACAAUGUCCUACACAACAAUCAGCUUGCAUUUGAUGUUGCUGAUCGUGAGCUCGGCAUUGCACCGUUGUUGGACGCUGAAGACAUGGUUGCCCUGGCCGUUCCGGAUCGCUUGAGCAUCUGCACCUACGUGUCACAGUACUAUAAUGUUUUUAAUGGUUUAAAGCCACUUGGUGGAAUGGGUGGCGUCAGGGUCACCGAAGGUGCUGCGGCUGAGCCGUCAGCCAAGCGUCCAGCACAGAGCGGCGUAGCAGAUCGCAGCACUGGCGCAUCGGCUAGUGCGCCGAAAGCUUCUGCUGCUGGGUCGAAGGGCGCUGCGGCGCCGAAAUCUGCUGCCGGGGCGAAGGCCGCUGCGGCACCUACAAAGUCCAGUUCAGGAGGAGCACCGUCGCGUCCGAGUGCGCCUACUGGUAGUGCGGGCACAUCGGCGGCGGCGGCCUCGGGAUCGUCUUCGCCGGCCACGAGCAAGUCAUCGGUACCCAAGUCUGCACCGCCGUCGGAGGGCAAAUCGGCGAGCGAAGGUAAGAAGGGCACUCCUACGGCAGGACGUGCCACGAACGGACCCCCGUCAUCUACUGUCGUGUCUAUGUUUGGAGACUCGUCGGAAAAGCCAACUUCGUCUUCGGCCAGCACCGUGACCAAACGCACUGACGCUGCCGCACAUUUGCGCAACAUCCUACCUAGCUCCGCUUCUGCCGCCUCUCGGGCUCAGUCGGGGAAGCCUGCUGCAGAGCAAGCGCCUGCGAAGCCACCUGCGGAGACAAAGUCCUCAGCGUCAUCGUCGUCGUCGUCUUCCAAGACAGAGCAAGCCACCUCGGAGUCACGUCAUGAGCAGGCUGCACCGUCGUCAGCACCAGCGCGGCCCGUUGCUGCUCCUCGUCGCAGUAAUACACAGCUGCAGACAGUCGACCCUGUGCAAUCACCGACAGCGGACGCACCACAGGAUUCUGCACCGGGCUCGGAAAAAGACAGUGCUCCCAAAACCACCGCGAAGGAGUCUGAUUCGGGAACGACAACUGUGACCGUGCGUGAGAAGUCAGCGCCCUCUCCUGCAGAUGUCCGGGCCAGUAAUGGCGGGGCUAAAUUGGCUCGUCGAACAUCGCUGACAGGGCCGGCGUGCCAUCUCUGCAGCUUGCCGGUCGGAUUGAUGGACCGUAUCACCAUCGAAGGCAUCGUCAUGCACCGCCAGUGCUUCGUCUGCUCGCAGUGCAGUUGCCAGCUGCGAGAGCAGGGCUACCAUAUCUUCAGCGAGCUCUUCUUCUGCGAGCGAGACUAUCGCUUAGAGGUGCGAGGCACCAGAGCACCAACUCUUCGCCGUAAUAUCAAACUGGAGCCCGCUGAAGAGACACCAGUGGCUGUAGCAUCCACCAUGUAUGCCGCGGUCGUACCCAAAUCCAAGAGAGCUGAGACCGAUGUAAAUCGCGCACCCGAUCCGGCUCCUGUUGACCCCGUGGAAGCUGCCCUCGAUGAUGCGUACGGAGUCCUUUCCUCGUUUCAAGAAAAAGGCAAAAAGAAGCAGGGCGCGAAACCAGGCACAGCUGCUCCUGCCAAGAACUCCCCGAAAGCGCGCUCAAGCUUUUUCACAGGAGCCCAGGCUUCGUCGGACACGCCCGCAUCUACCCAGGCCGAUCCUGCACCGACGGCCAAGCAACCGGCGAAGCCCGAGCCGCCGAAACCGGCCACUCGCAAGUCAAUGUUUUACAGCCAGCCCGCCGAUGAGAGCCCCGAGCCUGCUGCUGUGCAGGCGACCAGCGCUGCUAGCAAUACUAGUGGUACAACGACAACAACUGCUAGUGAAACUGGCACCACCAGUACUAGCAAUACCAGUAGUACAGCAGCAGCAGCCUUAACAACAACAGUGGCCAAUGCUACUAGCUGCACGACUAUAACGCCCACCACCAGCGCAACCAGCGUGUCGUCGCAGGCGCCCGGGGGAGGCAAGAAGACCACUCCCAAGCGCUCCGCACCGGUGCGCCCGACCCAGCCGAUCGGCCGCGUACCCACCUCUCCGCCAUCGGAGAGCCGCGCCAAGCGCACUGCCCCACCACCGCCAGUGUCACCACCGGUAUCCCCACCCAAGCGUCCGGUGUCACCGCCAGCCAUGAAGCAACCCGCAAGCAAAACAUCAGUAGCUAGCCGAUCAUCGGCACAGUACGCCAAAGGCAAAGCGCCGCCCGUGCCCAAACCAUUGCCGCCGUCCGACCAGCGUAGGAAGCGCAAGGCGCCCACCAUACCGAAAGGAGCGCGCAAGUGGAUCCAGGGUGGACGCGUGCUCGUGGACGACCGCCUUACGCUGCCCCAGGUCGAAGAGAGGCUCACCACCCUCGACAAUCAGCAGAAGUCGUUGGAAACGGAAGGUCUCAAUUUGGAGAACAAACUCCGAGAUGCAUCUGGCGAUCAGGAAGACCGAUUGAUGGAGAAGUGGUUCUCGUUGAUCGAGAAGAAGAGAGAGCUGGUUGCUGAAGAAACUGAACUGGUGUAUCAGCAAAGAGAUCUGACCCUCAUCCAACAGCGAGAAGAGCUGGAGAAGGAGAUCCGCGUGCGCAUGGAAAAGGACCCUUCGAAGAAGUCCAAGGCGGAGGUGGCCGAGGAGAACGCGCUGGUGCAAGAGCUCGUCGAGGUGGUGGAUGAGCGCAAUCACAUCCUCAACCUUCUGGACGUCGAGCGGCUGCAGGCGCUCGAGGAGAGCGCUGCCACUGCCCCUGCCCCGGCAGCUGCUCCUGCUGCCGCUACGGCGGCGGUGGCAAGUAGCGCGAACGCCAAAAACAGCAAACCUAACAAAGGUAGCACGAGCAGCUCUGGUGGUGGGAGCAGUGCUCCGGCAGCAAAGUCGCUUAGCGACACCAAGAAAGAGAGCAAGUUCUCGCUGCUGAAGAAGAAAAAGGAGAAGGUGAAGGCCAAGGACAGUGGCGGCAGCACUUUUAAGUCGUACAACUAGUGCUAUGGUCUUGAUGCUGGUGGUACGGUUUGGGAGGAACUCUCUUCCUUUCCUGGUAUUCCUCUGAGCCUUGCUGGCCACUCUGCGCUACUUUUUAAACAUCCCGCACCGCUCUAUUUGUAUGCUAUGGUUUGUCCACCCGUUCGUUUUAUUUUUGAGAUUUAGGAGAAAUAGUUUACAAAAUACAUAAUUAUACUCCCCAACUACAGCCCCAACACAAGAAGUGACAAGAUAUUAAUUUUUUUAACACAACAGAAUCAUUUCCCCUGCAGGUCACAGGGGACAGUAGAGAGCAUCGCCGAGAGUGGAAACUUGGUGUGUGUGUGUGUGUGUGUGUGUGUGUGUUUUUAAUCUACUGAGCCGAGAUGUCCUGAUUUUCCCAAAAUAUUUCAUUUGUUCUUGAAGUAGAAUAAGAAAACUUAGUACUUUCCUGAAUAUCUCCAACUGUUUUUUAAAACUCUUUUUAAACUACCACUUGUUUUUAUUUGUUUUUUUUUAACUUCCCUGUCUUAAUCCAAGUCUUGUCGCUUACGAAUGUUUUGACACCUUCCAGAGUGUCAACUCGGAGCAAACAGAA